UGCCUCUACCAAGAUGGCGGCGGGCGCUUCCUCUUCCUGUGUGCGUCCGAGCGUGUGAUGUCAGCGGGAAACAUGGCGGAGAGCAGGAGCGGGCCGUACAGCCCCCCCGAGACCGGAGCCCUGACCGGCACCGCCCGGAUCCCCCGGAUGGGGGUCUCUCUGCUCGGGGUGCUCUGCUUGCUGUGCCAGGUGUGUCCCCUCGGGGCCACAACACACUGGGUGGUGACAGAGGACGGCAAGAUCCAGCAGCAGGUGGAUUCACCAAUGAACUUGAAGCAUCCUCACGAUUUGGUGAUUUUGAUGAGACAGGAGACCACAGUUGGCUACCUCAAGGAGCUAGAGAAACACUUAGUUGCUCAGAAGAUUCAUAUAGAGGAGAAUGAAGAUCGGGACACGGGGUUGGAGCAGAGACACUACAAGGAUGACCCUGAUUGUGUUUUAGCCAAAGUGCCUCUGGGUGACAUGGACUUAUAUGAUGGGACUUAUAUGCCACUGGAGGACAAAAAUAUCAGCCCAGAAGAUUAUGUGGAUGUACAUAGUCAUUUACCUCCCGAUCUGGAUCAACCAGAUUGCACCAGUAUCACAGAGCUUCCAUUCAGCAUCCACGCCUUUCAGCACCUGAGGGGCAUUCAAGAAAGGAAGAACCUUUCAUCGCCUUUACUACCUAAAGAGGAUCCUAUAUUGAGUUCUCUCUCCCAGAAGUUGGGAAAAAAUGUGGACGAUGUCGGCCAUAGAAUAUAUGAAGCACUUGUGAAGAAUACAACUUCCUGGGUGCUGUAUAACAUGGCAUCAUUCUAUUGGAGAAUAAAGAAUGAGCCUCAUCACGUGGUGGAAUGUGCCAUGCGAGCUUUGCACUUUUCUUCUAGACAUAAUAAGGACAUUGCACUACUGAACAUGGCGAAUGUUUUGCACCGUGCACAUUACUCGGCUGAUGCUGCUAUCCUUGUACACACUGCACUUGAUGUAUCUCCUGGGCUUGAUGUGUCCACGGACUCCCUGGUCAGCCACUACACUCUUGGAAACAUAUAUGCAAUGUUGGGGGAAUAUAAUCACUCAGUCCUGUGCUAUGACCGUGUACUGGAAUCGCGACCUUUCUUCUACGAGGCCGAUAAAAGGAGGAAGGCUGUUUUGUGCCAACAAAAACUGGAGCAAAAGUUGGAGGCCCAACAUAGGUCUCUGCAGAGGACUCUGAAUGAACUGAAGGAAUAUCAGAAGCAGCACGACCAUUACCUGAGACAGCAGGAGGUUCUGGAGAAGCAUAAACUGAUCCAGGAGGAGCAGAUCCUUAGAAACAUCAUCCAUGAGACGCAGAUGGCCAAAGAGGCUCAGCUAGGGAACCAUCAGAUUUGUCAGAUGAGCAGUCAGAAGCACAGUCUGCAUUGCCCCUGGGAUCUGCCUGUGCGCUAUCACCGGGGAGACAUCUUUGAAAAUGUGGAACAUGUUUUGUUUGGUGAAGACACGUCCUCUGCAUAUAUGACAUCUGUGAAUAUAGACCAGCAAGCGAAUCAGACCGUGUUCCCACAGCGCCCUCCAGUGCCACGUUCUGUCAUAAGAGUCUGGGACAAAGAUGCUGCCAUGUUUGAUAAAGGAACAGAUCUCCUCUGGCCGAAAAGAGAAGACUGUGUCAAGAGGUUCCCCACUGUUCCUCCACCUGAAGAGCUUCCAAAAUAUCAUCUACCUCCCGUGCAGUCAGGUCUGAGCGUCAGCCCGGCUGUAUUAAAGCAUCUCGAGGCAGGAAGUGACCUGCACACACCAGACUGCACCUCUGUCGCAGAUGUGCGCAAAAACGAGACCCUUCAGAGGCUGCUCGCCGAGCUGGAGGGAAAGCUGGAUCUGCACGAACUAAAGCCCGAUAGGCAUGCACAGCGGGUGGUGGAUAAACUCAUCAAUAACCUCAGUAUUUCUGAAGAGGAUCUGAGGGUCUCUUUAUACCACUCUCUUAACCAGCCAUCAGGGUUGGCAUGGUCAGUGCUGAACGAGGCGGCUCUGUAUUGGCGAUCUGUAGGAAACUGUACCCAGGCCAUGGCUUGCCUGCGCAGGGCAUUGAACCUCGCACCAUCUCAGCAACAGCAUAUCCCACUGGUGAAUCUGGCCAACCUGCUAAUGCAUCACGGGCUUCAUCUGGAUGCCAGUAAAUUACUACUUCAUGCAAUCGCUAUAGACCGCUCAGAGCCAAUAACGUUGCUGAGUCUGGGAAAUGCCUACCUCUCGUUAAAGAACCUGACGGGCGCACUUCAAGUCUUCCGCGUAGCUCUGGAUCUUCGCAAGCCGUGUAUGGAUUGUGAGGGCGGCUUACAGAUGAUCCGGUGCCUGCAGCUUUAUCCUCUUCUGUACAACGUCAGCACCUCGGUGUGCAGCGGACAUUGCCAGUCUCCCCUGAACGAUGGAGAGCGCAACGCUCAGAAAUACUUCCAGCCUUACUCUCAAGAAGAAGAAAAGACUUCCGAGGACCUGGAGGCAGACCCAAGUACCAGCUCCUCGCUGCAUCUCGAGAAUGUUGUCUUAGCUGAAUCAAACAAUACAGAGGAACCCGCCCCUGAGGAUCCAAUGUCUGAAGAGAUGCUGGCCCUGGUAGACGAGUUUGAAAACUCCUGGCCCCUAGAAGCCUUUGAAGGUGCCCUGGAGCUUAAAGGCAGGCGAAUGGACCUUCAGGGAAUAAGAGUGUUGAAGAAAGGGACUCAGGAUGGCCAGUCGGGUUCCUGCUUUGGCGACUGUGAUGAUGAUGAUGAUGAAGCUGAAUGGAUUACUUUUCAAGUCAAACGUCUUAAGAAGCCAAAAUUGGAUAAUAUGGCGGACCUCCCAUACGGGGCUUAUGAAGAUGCUGUUGAUGGAGGAAGUGAUGACUUGCAAGCUGCGCUGGAAAUUAGUGGUCCAAAAAUACCUGCUCCAGGUCCACAAGGCAGGCGACCCGAUUACCGCAGUCUGGGAUGGCCGAGUCCAGAUGAGUGCCUGAAGUUGCGCCGUGUUGAAUUGUCUACAGUAGCAAGUACAUGGCUGGCUGUAUCCGCAAAAAAUAUAGACAUUACAGAACAUGUGGACUUUGCCACUCCGCUGCAAGAACCAGGGGUGGAGCCUCUCUGUAAUGCCAACAUGGCGGCCAGUAUGCAUACACUGGAUCACCUGUACGGGGUUGCCAAUAGAGUUGCUAUACACUACACUGGGGAGAGCCAGCUGAAAGAGGUUUUACAGAACCUUGGCAAGGACAAGUACCCACCACAAUCUUUAGAGCAAGUGGGAGCCAGAAUAAUGAAAAUGCUGGAAAAGAACCAGACAUCGUGGGUUUUAUCCAGUAUGGCCGCUUUGUACUGGAGAGUAAGAGGUCAAGGAAAAAAAGCCAUAGACUGCUUACGCCAAGCUUUGCACUACGCCCCUCAUCACAUGAAGGAUGUGCCCCUCAUCAGCCUAGCAAACAUCUUUCACAAUGCCAAACUAUGGAACGACGCCAUCAUUGUCGCCACAAUGGCGGUGGAAAUAGCUCCUCAUUUUGUGGUGAACCACUUCACACUGGCCAACGUGUAUGUAGCAAUGGAGGAGUUUGAGAAGGCGAUGCAAUGGUACGAAUCUACUUUGGAGCUGCAACCAGAAUUUGCCCCGGCGAAGGACAGGAUUCGCGCCAUUCAGUGUCACCUGUUAAUGAAGAAGGGGAGGCGUUAUCCUUAACCCUUUCUCUACUCAUGUAUAACCCAUAGCUAUUUUUUUAUGUUAUUUUACCAAACCUUUUCCGUGUGGGCGAUCCACCCUGGGGGGAACAAAAAGGUUAAAAUUGCUGCUGGUUAUCCUACAUAAAAAAAAAAUGUG